UUCGGUUAAGUCUGCUGCCUUACGUAAACCUCCCGCCGGCUCGCCGAUUGGACCCUGGGUCGCGCCGGCCUCCGAUUAGCCAGUGCGCCUGGGCUCUACAGGCUGGGGGCGGCGCGGGAGUAGGCUGGAUCCUGUCGGCUGGCAGCGGGAAGUCGGUGCUUCUGUGAGAGUCCGUAUUUUGUAAAAGCCAUGAGCUACAUCAACCUGCCCAACGUGCUGCCCAGCUCCCCCAGCAAGACCCGGGGCCAGAUCCAGGUGAUUCUCGGGCCCAUGUUCUCAGGAAAAAGCACUGAGUUGAUGAGACGGGUCCGCCGCUUUCAGAUCGCCCAGUACAAAUGCCUGGUCAUCAAAUACGCCAAAGACACGCGCUACAGCAACAGCUUCUCCACACAUGACCGGAACACCAUGGAGGCAGUGGCAGCCUGCCAGCUCUGCGAUGUGGCACAGGAGGCCCGGGGUGUGGCUGUCGUGGGCAUUGACGAAGGGCAGUUUUUCCCUGACAUCGUGGAGUUCUGUGAGGAAAUGGCCAACAAUGGAAAGACCGUGAUUGUGGCAGCCCUGGAUGGGACCUUCCAGAGGAAAGCUUUCGGCACCAUCUUGAACCUGGUUCCCCUGGCGGAGAGUGUGGUGAAGCUGACAGCAGUGUGCAUGGAGUGCUUCCGGGAAGCUGCCUACACCAAGAGACUGGGCCUAGAGAAAGAGGUGGAGGUGAUUGGUGGAGCAGACAAAUACCACUCUGUGUGUCGCCUCUGCUACUUCAAGAAGCCUCCAGUCCAGGCUCCAAGGCUGGACGACAAAGAGAACUGGCCAAUGUUGGGAAAGCCAGGGGAGGCCACAGCUGUCAGGAAACUCUUUGGCCCCCAACAGGUCCUACAGUUCAGCUCUGUCCACUGAGGGAGACUGGGGCCUCUUACUCCCUGUGUGGCCUCAGAGAAGCAGGCCCAGGGAGGAGAUGGGCUCCAUCUCAUGAACUCUCUGCUGUGGGCCUGCACUUCAAACCUGGUCACAUGUCACAUCCUCCCCUUGGCCUUUUCUUACCCCUCCCACCUGCUGGGAUGACCCACCUCAGGGAGGCUGGCCAUGUCUGGUGGUUUGGGGUCUGGCUACUACAGAUGUUCCCUCUGGGGAAGGGCAGAACCAUAUGUCUAUUGGGACAUUACUGCCACCUGCUUCUUCCCCCUUUGUGGUUUUCACUGCUUAGUUUUUGUUCUCCCUGGCAAAUCCAUACAGCAUCUCCUUUGAAGUUGUCCUACACACAGGCUCUCAUCCUCCCCACACACACCCUAGGACAGCCUGGCCUGGACUCCAGCCCUCUUACUGCCCCUUGAGCUGAGGGCCCUACCUAUGCUCUGGCACUGGUCUCCAAAAUAACAUCUUUUGGGCUGACAGAGUGGCUCAAGUGGCAGAGUGCCUGCCUAGCAAGUGUGAAGUCCUGAGUUUAAACCCCAGUACCACAAAAAAUAUAUACUAUCUUUCAUGUGAGUGUCACCAACUCUGCCAGGGCUCAGACCCCAAGGAACUUGUUUCAAAGUGGUGGGCAUGGCCCAUGUGUCUUUUAUAGUAUAUAUGGAAUUUAAUAUUAAAAUUCAGUAGUGGGUAAAGGCACAUUUCUCUUUAACCUGGGUUUCCCCAGGUCUCAUAUAGACAGCUCCUCCUGUGAUUUGGUUGGGGAUUUUUCCUAGGUCUUUUUGUCGUACACUGAUCUCAACCACAACUCUUUUCAACAGAAAUGUCCAUGGAGCGUGUCCUAAAGAGGAACAGUUGCCUACCUUUCUGUCUGUCUGGUUUCAGGAUAUAAAUGGGUAAACAGUGCCUGGGGCCCAGGUUGGAAAGCCGUGGUGUUGGUGUUGCCAGCUGGGGCUGAGAGGCCAGUUUUUGUUUGUGAAACAGACACUUGAUAGUUGGAGAGCUGAGAAGACAGCUCAGUUGUGCCUCGGAAAGUGGGCUCAGACCCUGCCAGUGGGGCACUAUUAUUUUGCACUUGGGAUUUUGAAACCGUCAGGGCACACUGUUAUCAGUUCCUUGUAAUUGUUCAAAAGAGGAAGCCAGGGAUUGCUUCAGGGGCCCUGCUUUCUGUUAGAAGUGGCCCACUCAACAGGAGUGAGAAAGUGGCCAGUCCUACUCCCUGUGCACCAGGAAGUUCAGAAGGGCUGGACAGUGGAGGGCGUGGUUCCACCCCUCCUAUUGUGCCCCUCUCUCUGCUAUGAGUGGUGAGAAGGAAAGAACUACAGGGAUGAGGCUUCAAAAAGAAACUCCCAGGGUCCCCUUAAGUCUAGAAAGGCAGCCACGGCACCCUUGCAAAGCAAUCUUUAGCUUGUGCAGCUGAGCAUGGUUGCUGUUUUGGGGUACUGGUGGAAGGCAGUGUGAGAAAUGAGAUCCCAGAUGGGGGUGAUCACUACUUCUGCAGAAGGGGAACCUCAAAAUGCAAGUUCUGGGCUAGAGGUAUAGCUCAGUGGUACAGUAGUAGGGUGCUUGCCUGGCAUAUUCAAGACCCUACUUUCUAUUCCCAGCACUGCAAAAAAAAAAAAAUUCACCUGGAUUAGAGGUAUGGCUAAAAAGGUGGAACACCUGCUCUGCAAACACAAACCCCUGAGUUCAAACCCCCAUCCCACCAUAGAAAAAAGUUCCCCAAAUCCCCUUUCCCCCACCAGUGGAAUUCUACCCCCAGGUGGAAACACACAUUUAUUUCAUCUCCGAACCAGUCCACCAAUCCAAGGACAAGGAGUGCUCCCCGCAAGGCUUCGAUACAUUCCAACUGUGGGGCUCCUGCCCUCCUGAUGCUGCAUGACU